GAGAAACCCUUUGAAUGCGGUGACUGUGGGAAAAGUUUCAGUCAUAAUUCCAACUUAGUUCAACACCAGAGGACUCACACAGGAGAGACACCCUUUAAAUGUCCUCAUUGUGGGAAAGGUUUCAGUCACAAUACCAGCUUGGUUCAACACCAGAGAAUUCACACAGGAGAGAAACCAUUUGAGUGUACUGACUGUGGGAAAAGUUUCAGUCACAAUUCAAGAUUGGUUGAACACCAAAGGAUUCACACAGGAGAGAAACCUUUUGAGUGUCCUGACUGUGGGAAAAGUUUCAGUCAUAAUUCCAGCUUGGUUCAACACCAGAGGAUUCACACAGGA